GCAGCGUAAUUUCGCCCCCAAUUCUUACAGCGUGGAUAAUUAACGUCGCUCUACUCUGGAGACAAAACCCCGAGAAACAGAGCCAGAAUUCGCCCUUGCCUGGCAUGAUUAGCGUGAUUAGGUAAGAGACAACACCAAGGCGGCGCUAUUAGGGUUCAGUCCUGGCCCUGCUGUCAUUCAAUGCGCCAAGUUGACAGCGUUAAGGUCACGCAUUGUGCGACGUCACCGCUACACCUAAGGUCACAAGUGCACGGAUCACAGCCGCCUAUAUAAGCCGAGGUAGUUUGGGGUCAGCACGAGACAAGAGUUGACCGACAACGAGCACAAUUAGCGACUUUUCCAGGCAAUAUAGUGACGAGUCAGUGAUCAAGAACGUUGCAAUAAACGCGGGUACUUUGCGUCUGUAGACUGUUGUAGCUCCCAGCACGCAUCGGGCUGAAAGUCACAUCAGCACCGGGACCAAGCCGAUAUAGAAUGGGAGAGAAAGCCAUCUGCAAGGACCACCGGGAAUCUUUUACCAGCAAGAUGGUGAGCAAAGACGACGAGUGCCAUCAGGCAGAAUCAACCACAGACAGCAAACCAGUGGCUACAGUCCGGAAGCACGCCCACGACGUAGCCAACAUGAUCGCUCCGUCUCGCCCCUCAAAAGUUGCACCGAAGAGCGGUUUCACCAUCGGGGCCAAACCGAUAGAUCUGAGCCACCGCGCCCUCCCGGCCUCGUCAUCGGCCGCUGCCGCUGCCUACAAGACUUUCUACCCCUACCCGUCAUUACCGAUCUCUUCAACACUCUCCCCGUACUCGUACCUGGGCGAGACGAGCUCGGCGCUCACACCGGCGGGUUACGGCGCAGCAGGCUACGGUGCCGCAACCUACCCACUGUACGGCAGCUACCCAGUAGCUGCUGAUAGCACAGCACCAUCGCUCUCGACGCUGAGGCUCUCAGCAUUGCUUGCAUCAAGAAAGAGACGAGCGGCCGCCUCCUCCACAGACAAGGGCGCGGACAUCAGCAUUAUUUCAGAGCCUACCAGAAAGAAGGUCCGACCAGUCCCCGAGGAGAAAAAAGACAAUUGCUACUGGGACCGCAGACGAAAGAACAACGACGCGGCCAAACGCUCCCGCGAUGCCCGGCGAGAAAAAGAGGAAGAGAUCGCCCUCCGUGCCGUAUUCCUGGAGCAGGAAAACAUGAAGCUGAGAGCAGAGGUGUCCAUUCUCAAGAGCGAAAUGGGGAGGCUUCAUUACAUGGUGUACAACUGCUGAUUGUUUGCACCUCUCAGCUAGUCGAAAUAAACUGAAAUGUUGUGUAAGGCGAUAGCGUCCUAUUACUUAGGAUGACUAUAAGAAUGCUGCAGUGCGCUAAAAGGCGCGAACUUGCCGACACGAAAAUGUUGCCGAGCAUGAGCGAACCUGGCAUCAAAACUUUGCCGUUGGAGUUUUUGCUCGAGGUUACUGUGCAGACAGUAAGUGAACAUACUACUGGAAUCUGCAGUAUCUUGUUACAAGUAUACAACUCAAGCCAAGUAUGUAUUCAAUACAUUUUGGUCCACGUUUUUGUGGUUUAUAUAAUUGUUCUCUAUCCCGCCAACUUAAUUGAUAUUUUAUUGUAUAAAAUGCGUAAAGAUGGUUUAAUGAGGAAGGCACUGCUAACUUCCAGAAGUUGCAAAACUUGGCAGUUUCCUGUACAUGUAUUUUUAUUAGGUGAAAUGCACAGUGUCGUAGCAUUUUGUCGAGCUUGAAGCUCCGUUGCAUAUUAUACAUGUAUUUUAAAACAAUGAUCAGUGCAGUGGUACAUAUAGUGCUAUAGAUGAUAAUGUUGGGAUAAGUCGAACCGGUCGGAUAUGUAAAGAAUGUUUUUAUCUCUCAGGGAAAACAGCUGUAAUCAAGAGCUGUCUGAAAAAAAUGAAAUAUUAGAGGCUUAAAUAACAGGUCAUUAAGUGCAGUAUAUAAGCCAAUCAGUAUCACGCACUAAGUAUAUAGUCCCAAUACAAAUGAUUCUAUUUCGCAACAAAACAUUUUAAAGCUGGAUUCAAAAAGUUGUAGAUGAAAGGGACUUGGACUUGGUUUACAGACGUCGGAGGUUAUUUGUGUCUAUUUGGAGCUAACUUGCUAGUAUUUUUGUUGUUUUCCCAUGUUUUUUUCACCAAUGGCCUAGACCAUAGUCGCUAUUUAGGCCUAUGUGUAAUCGAGAUGUUUGCCGUUAUGUAUACAUACGGUCUCCUAACUAGAACCACAGACAAAACAGAACGUGAUCAGUACAGCGCGGGUUAAGGCCGGGCGAAGUUACAUAACCUAAUGUAAUCACAACCAAUGACAAAUACCGACUACCGGCUUUACAAAUUCAAAGGGGAAAAACAAUCUUGCCUUCUUUAUACAUACGCGAAAUGAUAAAUGCUGCCGCUGCACACGAUAAAACCUUGAUGUUAUAAUAUGAUUUCACAGCAUUCCAGUUUGUGUUUUGGUGCUAUAAUAUUUUGUUUUAGUUCUAAACGUUUCUUUGAAUUGAAUGUGAUACUAUCUUGUGAUACGGUGUAGGAAUCAUCGUCGAUGUAUUGUGUUCGUCCGUUUAAACUCUGAUUUAUUGUGAACAUUGCAAGGGGGACAUUUAUCAUGUUUAUGGCUUUCUUCUUUUGCAAUCGAACAAAGUCUGUCUUUCAAGAAGUUAUUUAAAUCACGAGAUUUUUACCAGGUAGAAGUUUCUCUGAUUUGCUGGCU